AUGAAGACAACAGGGAGCAUUGCCCUUCUUGGGCUUAUGCUUCUCAGCUGCCUUUCUGAAAUGAUAAGUCUUUUUUAACAGGCUUCCUGCACCAAAUACCCGUUGACUGGAGGGUUACUUAUUGCCUGUCCCCGCAACUACGAACCUGUCUGUGGAACUGAUGGAGUGACCUAUCCCAACGAGUGCUCCCUCUGCAAAGAGCUGUUCCGUAACCGCGCCAUUGACAAGAAGCACGAUGGAAGAUGUGUGAAGAUCGACUGUACUGGCCAUCUGAAAGCAAGCAGUGGCCGCGCGGUUGCCUGCACCAUGGAGUACAUGCCCAUCUGCGGCACCAAUGGGAUUACCUACUCAAACAAAUGUACCUUCUGCAAUGCUGUGGCGAAUGGUCUUGACUUAAACGUGCGCCAUCAUGGAGAAUGCAAAACUUCCACUGAGGAGAUUGACUGCAGCGAAUACCGGGGUAGAAGCGUCAUCUGCCCUGCUGACUACAACCCUCUCUGUGGCUCCGAUGGCAGAACCUACUCAAACAAGUGCCAGUUCUGCAAUGCAUUCACGAGGAGCAGAGGAACUCUGCGGCUCCAACACCGUGGCCAGUGCUGA